AUGGAUAAACCAGACACAUCGCACUUGUUUGACACUAAAAUGGAGCUACAUCCCGAAGAGGAGAGCUUCGCUCAGCCUACCAUCAUCUUGAAGAACAGCAAGCCCUCAAACCGAUGUAACAGCGUACGCAUCGCUGGAAUCAUACUUGUGGUUGCUCUUAUAGCUGCUGCAUUUAUUGGCGGCUAUUUGGUGCGAAGAGCUGUAUCAAAGUCAUCGAAGUGUGAAACAAAUGGCGAAGCCUCACGACCGACGUCCUCGCCGCAUCUCAGCGUUCGACUCCAGGACAUCUUGGCGGAUAUGUCCGCGGAGAACAUUGAACUCAAUUUGAGGUUGGUUUAUAGCUUCUUGCUUUUUCUUGCUGUCUUGAAUAGACAUUUAGCAGUAAAAUAAUCACCCUGUUGUUAAUCGUUUGAUGCAGUUCGUCAGGUCAGAUUGAGUGAUCGUUUCUCAUUCCUUGUGAUUUCUUAUCGCUUGCUUGAUCAGCUGUUUCGUGAUUAUGCAGGCUAUCAUGAUCGGCUGGCUUCGCUUGGGGGCGUUUCUCUUUUAUUUUUUUGCAGCAUUUUAAUACCGAAAACCGACUCGCUAUUUUCUAUCAUCCGACUGAUAUCGGAGAAUGGGCUAUUGCAUUAAUUUUAAUAUUAUCAACAGCACCGCCCCCCCCCCCCCCCCCCCCUUUUCGGUUGCGGCUUUCCUUUUUUUUUUUCCUCCCGUAAAUUUAAAAAAAAAUUUCUCUCCUUAAAGUUUCCCUAAAAAUUGGGUUCCCCCAGAAAAAUUUUUGUAUAAAUUAAAGCCCCACCCUCAAGAAAAUCCUAUAUUUUUUAUUUAUCUAAGAUCCUUGUUCUCCUGCAUUACUGCGCAGGCAUCUUCCUAAUAUACUCCCCCCCUGCCCCCCCCCCCCCCCCCUCCCUUUUCGGUUGCGGACUUACUUCUAUUUUCUACUCCCUGAAGAUUAAACAAAAUAUUCACUCCUGAAGACUUCCAUGAAAUAUGGGUUCCCCUAGGAAAAUUUUUGUGAAAAUUAGAGCCUCACCCUCAAAGAAUUCCAUAUUAUUUUACUCUACCCUAAAGAAAUCCUCAAUUCAUAACUUAAAGCUGUACAUGUACCCCUGAAGAAUUCCAUUGGUCCUUAUCUGGGUGGGGGGCAAGGGGGUGGGGGGGGGGCGACAGGGUGUAGAUAUGCAAUAGCCUAAAAUUGAUUAUGCAAGUCCCAGACCUACAAUAACUUUUACAUUUGAAGCAUAUAUCAUGAGAAUAAAAAAGCAACGACAGCAACAAAUAUGCUACUAUUGAUCUCUUAUUAGAUUUGGAGGAAGUUGUGAUAAUUAUUAUCAAAAGUAAUGGAACCCUGGCUUAAUUUUAAUGGUCUGUAUUAAUUUUAGUAGAGUACAUCCAGGAAAUACAUGUACAUGUACAUAUUACAUUAAGCAUACCCUUCAUCCCUUACGGAAGUGUUUAGCCUGCGUAAUCUUGUUCCUCAGUCUUUCUUUGCUCCGAAACCACAUCAAAACGCUUGCUACGGAGGCUAGUCAAAAAAAGUUUGGCACGGGUAGAGCUGGGAAAGGGAAGAAAAGAUGAGGAGAGGGGUGGGGUAGGGCAUCUCAAGAGUAGGACCUUUCUAGGGUAGACUGCUCACAGUUUCUUUUCAGGAGUGCAUUUAGGCAAGUACUGUAAAGUGCUGCUUAUGAGCCCUGGGCUUAUUCAUCUUUCUAUUAAGGGGUUUUAGCUGUUUUUUAAAGAAAUUGGGGGGGGGAGCUGUUUCUAGUUUCCCCUUCAGCCUAGUAAAUUAUUCUUUUAAUACUUCUUUACUUUUUUUUUAUAAUAAUAAUAAUGAAAAAAUUUUAUUGACAACAAUGCUAACUAUUAAAAUCCUAUUUACAAUUAAUUCGCUUACAAAAAGAAAAAACUAUUCAUUCAAAAACACUAUUUACAAUUCCUGUCGAUUUAAAAAGCACUUAAUUUAGCUUAAAAAAAGUUAAUUUAACUAAGAAAAAUUUUUUCGAAUUAAAAACAUUUCAUUUCAAUAAAAAAAAAACUGUCAACCUCUAAAAUUCAAAAGUUUCUUUCAACUGCUAAAAAAACAAAAAAAUAGUAAUAAUAAUAAUGAAAUAAAAAGAUAUAUAUGAAGUAAGGAAACACAUCACAUACUUCUUUACUUGCUUUGUCAGCAUGUUCACAACAACACGCAGGGGCAAAACUUCAUGGAUCAUUAAUUUUAUUAGUUUAGUACUUAGUGGUUGUUUUAAGGUUGAAAGUACAGGAAAUAACUGUUAAUUUAGUGGUUGGCAAAUUGAUAUUUUCUGAGGCAGUGCAAUACAUACAUGUAGCAGCAUGAAUUAUUUUGCAGCACUAGAUUUGAACUAAAUACAUGUAAAUCUAAAUUCUCUGUCUGUAAAAAGCGAAUACAUAUUUAUUUGUCUGAUAUUGCAUUAACCGGCAGUUUGUAUGUCUCCUGUGAUUAUCAACAGUCAAUGCUCUUCAAUUAAAUGAAUUGAGAGCUCUAUGAAAUACGUUGUACCCAUAUUUAACAAUGUUAAAUAUACUUCUAUUCAGGGUAGAACAUAUUUCAUAGGAAUAAUUAUUAUUCCUCCAGCCCUAAUGGGCUUUGAUUCAAUAGCCCAUGAGGCUGAAGGCCGAAUGGGCUAUUGACUCAGAGGCCAUGAGGCCAUGACUCAGAGGCCAUGAUAAAACAAUUAUUGUUUAGUAAAAUCCAACAGUUGGUCAAAAAUAAUUAGCAAGAAUAAAAAAAUUUUAGCUACUUAAAGCUAGACUUUAAUCCUUUUUUGCUGCCAAAAAGCUGGCACUUUCCGCUGCUAGUGGGCUAUAACAUAUAGCCUAGUAGUAGCUCAACCAAUCAGAAUGCAGCAUUGGAUUUUACUAAAUAUAUAUAUAUAUAUAUAUCUGUGUGAUUUUUCUAAAAGGUGCCGACUAAGUUUUCUCUUGAACACAGGCGAGCCCCCUGUUCAAGCCAGUGUAGCUGGAAAAAAACCAGGGGGCUUGCCGUCUUGCUAGAUGUCAGCAGAGACCCUAGGCCCAGACCGAUGAAUUAGGGCUGGGAGUACAAAGGAAAUAGAGAAUCAACCUUGGUUAAAAAAUUUUGACCUGAAACACAUAUAUGUGUACUAGUUAACUUUUGGGUACAUGUGUUGGUGGACAUGUGGUUUUAUUAUUAUUAUCAAUUUAUUCAUAUAAAACAAAUAAAUAAAAUUUGUUUAUUUGUUUUUUUCAGAAACUUGACCCUCAAGCCUCAUCACGCAAGCUCUAGUAGAAAUGAAGAACUAGCAGAAAACAUUAAACAUCAAUGGACAAGCUAUGGAUUUGAUGUAAAAUUUGUAAAAUACAAUGUUUUACUUUCUUUCCCUGAGAAAGGAAAAGUAAAUGGAGCAUCCCUUCUUGAUGCAAAUGGAACAGUUAAAUUUUUGACAGCAAAAAAUGAGGAGGUUGUGGAACUGUCAGAAAAUUCACCAGAUGCAUUACCUCCUUUUAGUGCAUAUUCCCCCACCGGGAAGGCAAAGGUGAAUAAUAAUAAUAGUAAUAAUAAUAAUAAUAAUAAUAAUAAUAAAUUUUAAUCUUCUAGCUAAGAGACAGCUGCAACCUUUAGGCACUAUUACAGUAGAACCCCUAAUAUUUGUCAGUGUUUUAUAUCUUGUUGCCCUUGUUAGUCAGCGUCUAGAAAAGUUACUGAAAAAAAAUGGGGUAGACCCCCGGGGGAGGGGGUACUUGAACAAUAUUUGGGUAUAGGUGAGCCGCUGAGGGUUUGAAACCCUGACCCUGUUUAGUACAAAAAAAAAUCCUAAAACACAUACCCUGAUUUAUACAGGGAGGCUCCACCCCAACGUCUAACUCCUUAUACAGGUACAAUGUACCCCUUUUUGUAUAUCUGCUAUUGACAAUAAGGGUACUUCUUCCAAAUACCUAGUUUAGAACUUUCAAUUCCUUUUAACUGCUCUACAUUCACUGUCUUUAAAUUACAUUUUAAAUACAUACACACAAAAUCAGAACAUUUUCUCAACUUUUUCACAGCCAUGAAAUGCAUCUGUUAGCUCUUUUGGGCCUUAUUUCUAACCAAAACAACAGAUUUCCCUACCCUUUCACAUACACUGCAUGUACUUCAUCAAGAGAAAUGCCUACCCUUUCAUUUACCUGAAGCCUAAAAAAGGUUCCCUUAUUGGGUGGAGUUUCCCUGUAUAAGCCAUCAUAGAGGGUACCUCCACCAGGGUAGUCUGGACACCUGCAGUUGUGUAAAACUUGUAUUGUAAAUUAUCAUGCCAUAUAAAUGUUUAUGAAAGUGUUACACAUAAUAACUAUUUAAAAGUCUGUCAAUGGGUAUAAUAAAGCAAAUAAUUUUGUCCUUUAGGUGCUCAGUUUAAUUAUUUAUUAAAGUUAUCUCUUGGCUGAUUGGCUAUCUCAAUGCUGUAUACAUGUAUAACUAGACAGUACAAAUAGCAUUUAAGAAAGAUUUUCCUUGUUCAAGAUUAUUGUAGUUGAACAGUAAUGUGCCUUAAGUUCAUACAUUUUGUACAUGUACAGUACAGGCCAUGGGAAUUGCAAUUAAAACUUAUACUCCGUAGGCUAGAAAUUGCAAUCACAGUACAGGCUAUGGAAAUUGCUAUCACAGUACAGGCCAUGGAAAUUGCUAUCACAGUACAGGCCACGGGAAUUGCAAUUGCAACAUACACUGUAGCCCUAAGGAAUUGCAAUUGCCGUACAGUGUGAAUUUGUGAACUCUCGAAUGACUCAGUGUGAUGUAUUUAAUUUCUUCUUAUUUCCAGGGUGACUUAGUUUAUGUUAAUUAUGGAAGACCUAGUGAUUUCAAGAUUUUGAUUGACAAAGGAGUCAACUGCUCAGGCAAGAUUGUCAUUGUCAGAUAUGGGCGUGUCUUCAGAGGAGACAAGGUAUUUUAGCCCCUUAAACAAGCAAACCAGGGAAAAGAGCACCCCGCUACCGGAGUGCCCUAGAGAGCUUGCUCGUAAGCUAUGUCAUCCAUCUGCAGGACUUCUUGU